CACUCGUGAACCUGACCGAACAUGAAAAACCUUUGAGAAUUUUUACAAAAUCUGGUAAGACAAGACAUCGCACCAUGUCCGUUAUCGUUAGCUUCGGUCUCACAGCAACUACAGGAGGAGAAGAAGAGGAAGAAGAAGACCCGAGGUAGAGAGAGGAAGUACAGAUUGAUUGAGAGAGAGAGCGACACCUAACCAGAGAAACCGACAGAGCAUGCGAAACCUGAGGCGAUCAUCAUGGGUUUUAUCACUCGAUUCACAUGAUUUCGCCUCUCUCUUCUCUCUUGUCCGUCUCUCUCGUAGUGUGAGCUCUCAUCACGGCCAUGGCGGCGAUUCCGGAGGAUGUGGAAGCGGUGUUGGAGUUUCUGCGGAAGAACGGCUUCGCGGAGGCGGAGAAUGCUCUGAGACAGGAUAUCAACGAGAGAAACCAACUGGGCACUUUCGAUUUCGAGAAGUUUCUGUUCCCGAUGCCUCCUCCGGUGAAGAUUCCGCCGAUUUUCCGGCCACCGGAUUCCGCCGGAGACUCUGGGUGUGAUGGGUCGAGGUCUGCCGGUGGUGGGUCUUCUUCAGCCGACGAAUUCCUCAGCUUGGUUUCUUCUACCAGUGGGUUCUGUUCUUCCGAGUUUGUAAACCCAUAUGGAGAAGGUUCUUCAUCAGGGGCCGGAUCCGACGCUUCAUCUGACAGGCUGUCUCAGUUCGACACGGCUCGAACAUACACAGAAUGGAACGAGUUCUAUUGCCACGACGAAGACAACAAGGAAGAAGACGAGUUCAUGUCUCCCGCAUUCAGAGAAUCCGAUUUCUUCAUCUGUCUUUCGGAGGACAAGUUCAUCAUGUCCUCAGAGACCGAUAACCAGUUCGAGAACACUCGAGGAGGAGUGUACGAUAAAUCCGAAGGGUCUCAGACAGAAGCCAGUUUGGAUUGUCUAGACAAGCCAUGUCUUCUCAACAUGUUGUGCAAUAGCGAGAACGAAGAUACUGAGGAGGCUGACGAGAAAGGAUACGAUGUUUUGGAUAAAUGUAAAGAGCCUGAAAGAGGGUACUUUGAUGAAGAUCCAUUGGGGUAUUGUUAUGAAGACUCACAGGGGAAAGACGUUAACGAGAUAUUCGAUCAGGCGAAAGGGAUUCUUGAUUACGAAAAUGGCGAUGAUAUGAAGGCCGAGACACAGGAAGAGGCUGAGGUUACUGAUGAGCUUCUUAUGUCCCGUGACUGCGAAGAUGAAUACGAAGUGUUUGAUCUACGAAUCAUUCACCGGAAAAACAGGACGGGUUUUGAAGAGAACAAGGAUCUACCGAUUGUGCUAAACACGGUCAUAGGAGGUAGAUACUAUGUUACCGAGUAUCUUGGAUCCGCCGCCUUCAGCAAGGUUGUCCAGGCGCAUGAUCUCCGGAACGGGAUCGACGUCUGCCUGAAGAUAAUCAAGAACGACAAAGAUUUCUUCGAUCAGAGUCUUGACGAGAUUAAGCUCUUAAAGUACGUCAACAAACACGAUCCAUCCGAUAAACACCAUAUUCUGCGUCUCUACGACUAUUUCUAUCACCAGGAACAUCUGUUUAUCGUCUGCGAACUCCUCCGAGCAAAUUUGUAUGAAUACCAAAAAUUCAACCAGGAAUCGGGAGGGGAACCGUACUUCAACAUGCGCAGACUGCAGUAUAUAACCCGACAAUGUUUGGACGCGCUGGUGUACCUACAUGGGCUGGGAAUCAUACAUUGCGAUCUAAAACCCGAAAACAUACUGAUAAAGAGUUACAGGAGAUGCGAGAUAAAGAUCAUAGAUCUCGGGAGCAGUUGCUUCAGACACGACAACUUGUGUCUGUACGUGCAGUCGCGUUCCUACAGAGCUCCUGAAGUGAUUCUUGGCCUUCCCUACGACGAAAAGAUCGACCUUUGGUCUCUGGGCUGCAUCUUAGCCGAGCUCUGCUCUGGCGAGGUUUUGUUUCCGAAUGAAGAUGUGGCGACGAUAUUGGCUCGGAUGGUUGGGAUCCUGGGACCAAUAGAUGUGGAGAUGCUGGAGAAAGGGCAAGAUACGUACAAAUACUUCACGAGAGAGUAUGAUCUCUACCAUGUAAACGAGGAGAGCGAUGACAUAGAGUACAUAAUACCAGAGGAGUUGGCGUUGGAGGACCGGUUACAGGAUUCGGACACUUUGUUCGUCGACUUUUUGAGGAAGUUGUUAGAGAUCAACCCUCUCCGGCGUCCCUCUGCUUCUCACGCUCUCACUCAUCCUUGGCUCUCCCUUUCUCUCUGAUUUUUUUUUUUAUUUAUUUAACGAUCGUGUGUGUGUAUUUCUUCUUAAAUUGUUUUUAUUUUAUUUUUUCUAUUAUGAUAUUUUUCCCUUUUUUCGUGUAUAGACUGUUAAAUGGACUUCUGCACGUUUUUGUACAUUGCAUACUUGUGCGUUGGAAAAAAAAAAGAAUGAGCAUAA